AUGACCGCUCUAUCCCCUGCCUCCGCGCAAGCCAUCGCCAACCUCCGCAACUAUGCAGCUCCCCUAACCAACAUCUACACCGCCCUCCCCCUCACCCGCCGCGCCGCUGUCCUCCUCCUCCUCUUCGCCGACCGCCGCGGCGACCUCAGAGUCGUGCUCACCGUGCGCAGCGCCAAACUCAAGAGCUUCGCCGGCCACGUCGCAUUCCCUGGAGGCAAAGCCGACGCCGGCGAAAGCGCAUUCCACACCGCGCGGCGCGAAGCCUUCGAAGAGAUUGGUCUCCCGCUGGACUCGCGCGCCUUCACAGUCGAGCACCUCACUGAGCUUCCGCACUCGCUGGCCGUCACGAACCUGGGCGUGCGCCCGUGUGUCGCCUUCCUGCACUGGGACCGCCGGAGCAACGUCGAGGAGGCGCUGGUCCCGCGCGUCGACGAGAAGGAGGUGGCAAAGGUGUUUACGGUGCCGCUGGAGCGCUUCCUGGGCGUGCGGUACGGCGUUGAUCCCGCGCGCGGGGUGGACCCGGAGGUGACGGACGGCGUGGGGUGGUAUCAGGGGAGCUGGGUGCCGUGGAAUGGGAACAAGUGGAAAAUGCACGAGUUCCAAGCACCAGUCUGGGACGCCGCCACCCUCACGCGCUACCGCGUCUGGGGCAUGACGGCGCGCAUCUUGGUGGACGCUGCGCGCAUCGCGUAUGGGCGCGACCCCGAGUUUAGCUUUGUGCAGCAGGUGGGCGACGAGGACAUGAUCCGAGAGCUGCUGGAGGAGGGCGAGCUGAGCAAGCCGAAGGAGAAGGUUGAGAGCAGCAUGAUAUAUAACAAGGCCGAGAGGAAGAGUAAGGAGAAGUUGUAA